UGUUGUAGCCGUGUUCACCUACAGAGGAUAAAGGAUCUAUUUUACCAGUAUAUCUUGAACACAACAUAUUGCAUGCGCAGUUUUUAAAAUAUGUGCAUUAAUUCAUAUUUUACACCGCUGUCAGUAAAAUAAAGCUGAUGAUAUAUACAUGCAGUUCGGACUCUUGGUCACUGGAUGGUGAUAAUGAACACAUUGUCACAGUGUCUAAAAAAGAGGAAGAGUCUACGCUUUGCUGUUUUGCAUCCAUAGUUUUAGGAAGCGCUGCAGCAGUGUGAGUGAAGAGACAAGUGUAGACUUCAAUGAUCAUCCACAGUGAGAGAUGACAGACUCGGAGGUGUCUGUGCUGCUGCAUUGUGCAGCCUGGAGGGGCCUGCUGCAGUCUCAGGUACAAGUGGAGCUUUCUGAAAGGUUCAACAGGCAGACGGAUCCGGCUCUAGACUGUCAAAUAGAGGAGGUCUGGAGAGAGCGAGUGUCCAAGGAGCCGUGGCUUUUCAACGGGUCUAAAUUCAGACUGCACUCUUUCUGCUUGGCCUCGUCAUCUCCUAAACACCCAGCCUGCACUCAUCCACCCCACACCCUCCCCUCAGACCGUGCAGAGGAGCAUGAAGGGGAAUUACAACGCAGCAGACAAAGGAUGGAGGAGAAUUUGUGCAUCACUGCUUCUCUGCAUGAGACUGUUCAGAGCAGUUUGGUGAAAAGAAGCAGACCUGUGAAUCAGGCAGAAAAUAAAGAAGGUCUCAGUGCUUUGUCACAAACUUCCUCCACUUGCAGAGAAAACCUUCUAACUCUGAGACUCGGCCUCACAUGCUACAAAGAUUACCUGGGAACAAACUGGUCGUGUCGAGUGGCAGAGCUACGUCAGCGUGGAGAGGUGGAGUUUGGUGAUCCUCUGGUGCUGCUGGCUCAGCCUCUGGGUGUGGGCGGCGUCCUGUGCACAGACGACGGGCAGGUGGUGUUGAUCAGGAGGAGCCAGAGGGUGGCGGAGGCAGGGGGGCUCCUGGACAUCCCCGGAGGUCACCCAGAACCAAAGGUGGUGUGUGAGCUUCUGGGCCGGGCGGUGCGUGAGGAUCAGAUCAGUGUGGACAUGAUGCAGCAGAGGCUCGUCGUCUCAGAGCUGUUCUCGUCUGUGUGCGCCGAGAUCAGAGACGAGGUGAAUAUUCCUCUGAGCUCCCUCGGAGAGCCGGUCCUGAUGGGCGUCGCUCUGAAUCACACCAGCGCUGGCAGACCAAGUGCUGAGUUCUACGUCAGUUGCUCGUUGACAUCGGAUGAAGUCAGAAAGUUGUACUGGGAAGGUGGAGCAGAGGCCCACGAGUCCACAGAUAUUGUCUUCCUCAGCAGAACGGAGGUGUUGCAGCUGGACAGAAGCAACCCUCUGUGGUCGGAGCUGUGUCCUUCAGCUAAAGGAGCCGUGCUGCUCUAUCAGACAGUGAAGCCUGACAGCGAGCGAGGCCAGAGCAGACAACCUGACGCUCACCUCAUCGCAUCAGAAAAUGGAUCCAGAUGAUCAAAUGUACACAAACACAAAGCGAAACC